UGAUGUGCUCACGUACCUAAUGCUUUAGUUGUGUUGUUCAUGUAUGAGGUCAUGAAUAACAGACCAUGAACACGUCAAUUCCUGAGGAUUCCUGGGAUAUUAAGGAAUGCAGUAAUACAUAAAUCAUUAAUUACAUAAUGCAUAAUAAUACAAGUACAUCAAUUAAUUCAUGCAUGAAUUCAUGAUAAUUCAUGUACCCUUACCGUAAAGUGUCAACCAGUGUUAUUCUAACCAACAACACACACACACAUAUGUAAUCUCAUUUGCUAGAGCACAUAGCUUCCCUAUUGGAAACAUUCAUUCUGUACAUUUGUUAGAGGAGUAAAUUUGCUCAAGAAUCAAUUUGUUGGCUGAAACCUGUGAAAUAGUGCACAGUAGCGCCUUUAAGGUGGGAACGGUCAGUGCUGUUCUUCUUGUUAGUCCAUGUGUUGUUCAUGAGCACUCAGCCCAGAUUCAUUUUAUUCUCCCCAAAACAACUUUACCUUUUAUUUUUAAAGAACUGUCCAACUAUUUUCACUGUCUCCCUCAACUUCAUUGCAACAAACAUACAAAAGGUACCGCAACUUUUAUCUCAAUUUUUUACAAAAGCUCCCGCAAAAUCCAGCAUUUUGGGCCGCAACUAUCUCAAAAAAGAGGCUGCGAAAUCCUGGUUAAAACGAGACCGAUAAGAAGAGUCAUCGCAACAAUGUUUACAAUACACGUUGUAACACUGGCUGCACAGAUUACAUAGACACAGACACAGACAUUGUUGAAGUCUUUCUACAUGGGUUUAGUUAAUGAUCGGACUAUAAUAAGACCACGUAGGCUUUGUAAUGCCUGACAACCGGGACAAUUUCAUAGUGGUUGGUGCAAACCUGGACAUUUUAGCGUCCCCGACAUGCUUUUGUCGGGACUCGGGACACACAGCUCAAAAUCGGGACUGUCCCGGUCAAACCCGGAAAGUCUGUUCACCCUAUUAUAAAAUCCACUGGAGUUUAAAAUGUCAACACAAAGAAAGCGGAAGGAAACGGACAUCCGGCCGAAAAGACAGGCAUCCGGCAGAAUCCGAAGCAAUCCCGGAAGUGGAACGUCGAGGAUAUAGACACAAAUACAUGGGUAAAUAGUGUCCAGGUUAAAAGAAAAAAGUACUGAAAUUACCCUUUAAUAGUUGUCAACAUAAAAUGUCUGGUAAAUUCAAGUGUACGAGGUUGUUGCGGUACCCCAAAGUAAAAGUCACCUAUGUUGUUACAUUAAGAGUAGUACUGCUCGUCUUUCUAACCAGCAGUGUAAUACCAUGUAACCGUGAUAUAUUUAUAUAGAAUCCGUUGGUUGCAACCCUGUUAGCCUGGCAGCUGUUUAAAUUCUAAUUGCUGAACAUUUUAGCUGACUACAGCUGCUGUUAUCUGUGAAGGAGCAAGCUACAAGGGAAGGUUUUAUUAAACACACACAAUUCAGAAAUUAUUAUUUCAUAUUUUGUUGACUACUGUGAUUAAGAAAGUAUCUGUGAUUAAAGAAAAUAAUAGUUUUUUGCAGCCUAUCCAGUGCUAGCUGCAGUAGUAGUAUUGCAGUAUACUGUAUUGUGUACCUUUUUGCGAGUCAGUGUACUCUAUGUGAAGAAAACUCGGUCUUGCACUGAAGGUUAAAGGUUUUGUAAACAAUUUCCAAAUAUAGCUCUUCAAACACAUUUUCAUUCCAAAGUCUAGCAUAGAAACUGCUCCCAGCUUAUACUACACUGAUAAAUCAGAGUACACGAUAGAGUAGUCCAGUGUGCCACUGCUCUUACUUUACUUUGACUACAUUGUGUUUGGGAGGGUUUUGGCCACGUGGAUAUGAAGGCCUUUCAGGUCCUGUUCGUGCUCUUCCUGACUGCUGCGGCAGCAGACGGUCAGUCUUUCCACCCGGGAAAAUGCCCGCAGCCAUCCGUUCAGGAGGACUUCAGCGUUACAAGGUACAUGGGCACCUGGUAUGAAAUAGAGAAGCUCCCAGCUAUAUUUGAAAGAGGAAAAUGCAACCAAGCAACGUACAGUCUUCUCGCUGAUGGGACGGUCAAAGUUCACAAUUCAGAGCUGCUGCCUAAUGGGAAGAUACAUUCAAUUGAGGGUGUUGCCAAAGUGAAAAACUCUUCUCAACCUGCUAUUCUGUCUGUCAGCUUCUUUAAAGGUCUUCCAGACGGUCCCUACUGGGUACUGGCCACAGACUACCAGUCAUAUUCUCUGGUGUACUCUUGUUCGGACGUGUUUGGCCUUUUCCACGUUGACUACGCCUGGAUCCUGGCUCGCACUCGGGUGUUGACUGAGGAUGUCAUUAGCCAGUUACACAAUGAGCUGGCUUCUGCUGGUGUAAACUUAAACCGCCUUACAGUCAGUAAUCAGACUGGUUGUGACCAAACCACAGCAUAUGAUUUCCCAAUUUCUGGGACACAGUGGCAUUCAGAGAAAAAUGCAUUUGAAUGGGGGAGGCCUUACAUUCCACACUCUCCAUCAGCAGUCAGGACCAUCUUCUACAUGGCUGAAUUCUUUGUCAAUGAAGGUAUGAACACAGCAUUAUUUUUGGUUCUUUAA